AUGGCAAAUACACAAUCUAAAAUUGAAUCAUUAGAAGAACAGAUCUCCAAGCUUGUAGCCGAGAAUGAUAAACUUAGUCGGGAGAAUGCCGAGAUUUCUGAACUUAGAAAAAAAUUUGCUGACGUUGAAAUUGAGGAUACCAGAAUCAAAGCUGAAAAUAUGAAAUUUUGGGAGAACAUGAAACCAGAUUCACAAAACUGGAAUAUGACUGACUGCCCUGGUAAUUCUGAUAUAUACGAGGAUUCAGUAAUCCCUACAUCUCUUAUUCCUGCAGAAGCCAUAUCAUUGGAAGAAAAGGAAGAAAAUGAAUUUCUGAAUUUGCGGUAUAAGGAACAG